GUUUUGUUUGUUUUUUUUUUUUUUUUUAAGAAAAAAAAAAGAGUAGAGAAGACAAUUGAUUGGAAGGGAGGAAAUAGGAAAUGCUAAUUAGCAAUGAAGGAGACUUUGUUGACUUCCCUUUUUUAAGUGAUAUAACCACUUCUCUUCUGAGAAGCUACUUCCAAACCCUCGUCCUGAUGUAUAUAGAUGUGUUUCAAAGAUCAAAGAUGAGCCUGUUUGUUACUGAAAGAGCAUUUUUCUUCCAAUCUCCCUUGGACCUUCUCUUCAUACUCCUGUGGGCAUCACUGCUGGAAACUGCUCCAGUCUGGGGACAAUCUGAUGACCUGAUUCUAUGGGCCCCAUAUCCUGUGUUUGAAGGAGAUUCCCUGGUUCUACACUGCCUGGCAAAAGAGGAAACAAAACUUACUGAAGUGACAUAUUAUAAGGAUGGAACAGCUCUUGUUAGAUUUGAAAAAUACUCAAAUUACUCUAUUCCAAAAGCAAAAUUAAGUAAUAGUGGCCAGUAUCACUGUAGUGCAAAGAAGUUCUUAUUGAAAUUUAUAGCAUGGGGAAUAAAAGCAAAGCCAGUAACAAUCCAAGUUCAAGAAUUGUUUCCACUGCCCAUACUGAGAAGCACGACUUUAGAGCCCUUAGAAGAGACUGCUGUGACUCUAAGCUGUGAGACCCAGCUCCCUCCAAAGAAAGCAAAUAUCCAGCUGCAUUUCUCCUUCUUCAGAAAUGACAGAGUCAUCUCAUCAGGCCAGGAAAGAGCCCCAAAACUCCAGCUCCCCAGAGUCCAGAGGGAAGACUCUGGGUCUUAUUUCUGUGAGGCAGAAACAGUGACAUCUGGGGUCCGGAAAAGGAGUCAUCCAGUUUGGAUCAGAGUGCAGAGAGUCCCUGUCUUUGGAGUCCAUUUGGAGAUCAAGCCCCCUGGGGGACAACUGACAGAAGGGCAAACACUGGUCCUCCUCUGCUCAGUAGCUGGGGGCACAGGUGACAUCACAUUCUCCUGGCACAAAGUGGGCACUGAAACAGUUCUGAAGAAGAAAACUCAAAGGUCACUAGUGGCAGAGUUUGAAAUAUUUUCUGUCAGAGAGAACGAGGCUGGGAAAUAUUACUGUACAGCUGACAAUACCAACAAGAUGCUACACAGUAAACCCGUGAGCAUCUCUGUGAAAAUUCCAGUGUCUCCUCCACUCCUCACUUUCAGCACCCCAGAGACGCAGACCUUUGUAGGAAAGGUCAUGGAGCUUUGCUGCAAAGCCCAGAGAGGAUCGGGCCCAAUCCUAUAUCGGUUUUAUCAUGAGGGUAAAAUCAUAAAAAACAGCUCAGCCCCUUUUGGAGGUGCAGCAUCCUUCAAUCUCUCUCUGACUGAACAACAUGCUGGGAAUUAUUACUGCGAGGCUGACAAUGGCAUAGCGGUACAGUUCAGUAAGGUGUUGACACUCUCUGUCAAAGUUCCAGUGUCCCAUCCUCUUCUUAUCCUCAGUGCACCCAAGCCUCAGGCCACUGCAGGGGAUAUGGUGGAAUUUCGAUGUGAAGCGAAAAAAGGCACAACUCCUAUCCUCUAUCGGUUUUUUCGCCAGAAUACAAUCCUGAAGACUGGUUGGGCCUUUUUAGGAGAAGCUGCAUUUCUCAACCUCUCCCUGACAGCUGAGGAUUCUGGAACCUACUCUUGUGAGGCUGACAAUGGCUUUGGUCCCCAGCUCAGUGAAGGGGUCAAACUCUCAGUCACAGUCCCUGCAGGGAAGCAAAGAAGCCUGCUUGCUGGAGGAGUCAGCGUGGGCCUGCUCAGUUUCCUGGGUCUCAUUGGUGUUGCUUUUCUGUUGUACUUCAGGACCCGUAGGAGAACAGGAGAAAGUUUUGCUCCUGGAUUCUAUGGGUACCCUCCCAUCACAGGAUCCCAAGAACCUACCCAAAUAGAGCUGGAGCCAACAUAUGUCAAUGACCCAGAUCAGCAGUCUAGAAUGCACAAUCCAAUAUUUGCAGUCCAAGGACUACCACUGAAUCCUGUCGACAGUGAUGUGGUGUAUUCUGAGGUCCAGAGUCAAGAGCAAAAAGUAGAAGAUGCAGAUGAUCACAUAUGGAGACUACCACCAACCCAGGAUUUAUCUGUUGUCUACUCUGAAGUGAAAGGAGCACAACUUCUGGAGGAGAGAGAUGUGAUGAAGGCUACAGAUAGGAUGCAGGACCAUGACAUAGAUAACUACGAGAACAUCAAACUUCAUUCCUGAACCUGACCCUGCAUGCUCUCUAGGGAAACCAAGAGCUUCUUAUCUCUGUACAGAUGUGGAAAUAGAAGGAAAGGCAAUAAGGCAAGAGGAUUUGGGCGCCUCUGAGAAACAAAGGACCAAGUUAGAGGAAUUUUUCCUUCCAGGCCUCUGCUAGACAACACGGAGCUAACAGAGCUUCUUUUUCUCAGUGUGAUGGAAUAAGACAGGAAGGGCUACAAUAGUCUCUCUCUUUGAGAUUGUUCCAUUUUAUUAUUUAU